CUUGGCUGGCGCGUGCGCAGUGGCUGUGCUAGGCCCCCUGGAAGCGGAAGGCAUAGGAAGUGCGCGCGGGCCGGGGGCGGCGGUGGUGUGGUUCCGUGCCGGCAGCGCUCACCUCCGCCAUUUUUCCCUACCCCCCAGGUGGUGCACGCAGGGACCGCGGCUAUGUCGAGCCUGGUGGCGGCCACGUGCGACGGGCAGGGCUCGCAGCCCGCCGCGGGCGGUGGCGGCGGGUUGGGGGGGGGGGGGGGGGGGGGCAGCAUGCGAAGGGGGGCUCCCCACUCGCCUAACUACCAAGGGUGCCUUGACGCUGGAAAGGUUGAGAACCACCAGUAUAACAUCAUUGAAAAAGGGGAGGAGAAUUGUGGGCCUCUUAUUGAGGCCCAUAAGGAAUGCAUGAGAGCGCUGGGAUUUAAAGUAUAAGCAAGAUGAAUAAUGGAACUCUGCGUGUGGUGACUUGCUGCGAGGUGACUGAUUUUUUCCA